UAAACAAGGAAAUGGAUAAUGUAACAGCCCACAAAUACGAUAAAUGAGAAAACAACUUCUCAUAUUUGCACUGGAACAAGGUAUCGUUCUCUUUCGUAAAGGAGUUUGGGGAUAACGACUGUCUCUUUAGUGAGACGUUACGGCCCCCAUUGUCACCUGACUCAUCGUCCUCCCUCACUGAGAUCGUUGUUAUUGAAUCGACGAUGGAAGAAAUCCACAAGAAGAUUCUUCAGCGCAACAGGACCAAUCUUGUGACAGACUUGAACCCAUCGAGCCUCUAUGAUGGACUCCUUGAAAAAGGAGUUUUUACCCAAGACAUGAUCGAUGAGAUUAAGAGCGCUGGGACCAGGCGUGACCAGGCCAGGAAGCUGGUGCAGGACUUGGAGAGCCGCGGGAGUCGGGCCUUUCCCAUACUCCUGCUGUGCCUUGAGGAGUCGGGCCAGCACAGUUUGACAGAGCUUCUUCAGCGUGGGGCUCCAGCAGUUCAGAUACAGCCCGCAACGCCCAAUCAGGUGGACCUCCCCGUUGUCCGGCCUCUCCCACUUUCCGUUUGUACUGACGUUGAACAGCAGGGAAAAGACACUGUCCCCAUCUAUCCAAUACAGAAACCCAGUCCUACUCUCAGUCCAUCCCCUGAAAGGGAGUACACAAUAACAAGGCCACCAGGCAGAAUUCGACGGGAUAGCAUUCAGAGCUAUAAAAUGGAUGCCAGUCCUUGUGGACAUUGCCUCAUCAUAAACAACGUAGAGUUUGAACCUGAGAGCCAGCUGAGCAGUCGCAAGGGGUCCAACAUAGACUGUGACAAGCUGGAGAAAAGAUUCAAGGCCCUCAACUUCAUCGUGGAAGUGAGGACCAACCUAAAACAAAAACAAAUCACACACGCCCUGUCAGCCUUAUCUAAGAAAGACCAUUCACAAUGUGACUGCUGUGUGGUCAUCAUGCUGUCCCACGGGACCGAGGUGAGUCACAACCGCUUCCCGGGGGCCGUGUAUGGCGUGGACGGACAGCAUGUCCCAGUUCAGCGCAUCACAAACUACCUCAAUGGCCAGCAUUGUCCAUCAUUGCAGGGCAAACCUAAACUUUUCUUCAUCCAGGCCUGCGGAGGAGAUGAACGAGACACAGGAUUCGAGGUGUCCCCAGGUGAGUUUGAACCAUCCAUCGGCGGGGCAGACGAUCAAACGGACGCCAUUCCGCUGUCCUCCAGCAGCGACUCUCUGAGCAUGUCCGACGAAGUGGACGCCAGAGCAACGCUGCCCACCCCGAGCGACAUUCUGGUGUCCUACUCUACUUUCCCGGGUUAUGUUUCCUGGAGGGACACCCAGUCCGGCUCGUGGUACGUCGAGACUCUAGACCAGGUUCUUGAGGAAAACGCUGCUACCGAUGACUUGGUCACAAUGUUGAUGAUGGUUAACCAUGAAGUCUCCCAGAACUCUGCGAAAGGCCUCUACAAGCAAAUGCCCGGUUCCUUUAACUUCCUCCGCAAACUUCUCCACUUUCAAACCCACGCCUAGCACCAAAGUUCAGGGUUGCACUUCUAGGUUUCACUUUCAGGGAAUUUUCUUCUAUUUCAAUACUAUAAUAUUAUAAAGUGAUUUCUAGUGAUUUCUGAGUUUCAUCAGUAAUGUUGUAUGAAGAUGCAGAAUCUUGUUUGUAUUCCUACAAAACCAGUAAUGUCUUAGAACAUAGUUCUAAUAGUUGUCUUGUCUUGCUGUAUUUUUAAUAGUUGGUAGAUUUUAAAAAUGAACUUUUUGGGUGUAGGGGAAAUUUAAGGGAGAAAAUAUUUAUGUACUUUGGUGUUUUUUUAUAUUGUUGGUGUAUUUAUUUUCACAGCUGCUGUCAAAUUUCAAUCAUGGUUUAAGACAUUAAAAUGACAACAAAGACUUUUCUGACUCUUCUUUCAGGUUGUGUUAAUUUUUAAAAUGCCUUUUGCAAUGGAGGUUGACAGAUAAGUGAGCCACAUAUUUGAGUUGAAUAAUAUAGUUG